AGCCACCUUGCAAAUUCCAAGCUCAUUCCAUCAAAAACACAAGUCACAAACUCAACUUGAGAUGGCGAAAACAUAUACUCUCUUCCUCUUAGCAUGGUUUCUCAUCAUGGCUUUUCAAUGCAAUAGCACAAUCAUCAAAGAUCAAGCUACUAAAUCAGUCAAUUUCAAGCUACGAUCUUUACAGUCCGGCUCAACAUGGCUAACGAAACAUCAUAUUCCAACUUGGGAUGACAUGAAAAAGUUCCAUAAAACGCCAUCUGGCCCCAAUCCAGUUGGGAACCAACGCCCACCAACCAGACCAUGAAAGAAUGCAUGUGAUUCUGCAAGCAGAGUGAAGCUGACAAUGCUGGAGCAUCUAUAUGCAAG